AUGGCAAAGAGACGUCGUUCGAUUUCACCGCCCGCGAUCCCUGCGGGAAAACGGGCCAAGACUCUGUCCCUCCCAAUCCGCAGUACCGCCCCUGGUGUCUCUACCACCUCCUCCGUUGGCCUCGACGUCCAUGGUCCCCCCGGCGAGCCCCAAGCCCAGACCACCACGCCUUCCGCCAACCCAAUGCCCGCUACCCAGCCUGGAACUAUGAACGCGAACGCCCCUCUACAGAACCGGCCUGAUCUCAUCAUCUCCUUCGCCGACUUGCGGCCCCGGGCCGGAUACUGCUACGAUGACGUGGAACGUGCCCCUCGAAGGGUUCGCAAGGCCUUCAAAAAGUGCUUCGCAGCUGCUUCUAACGUUCUUAAUAGAACCGCUUUUGAUCGGAAGCUGGUCGAGAUUUUUGACGCCGCAGCCAGUCGCCUCACAAAGGCUCUUGUGUUUGACUCGGCGUUGGCUCGAGAUGUCAUCAACUCCGUUUCGUGGACCGAGCCGAUGGACCCCACUGGUCUCGCCCAGAUAAUGGGCUAUUUUUAUCGGGCGCGUCUUCAUUACUUCGAUCGUAUGGCCGACCCUGGCUACCGCAGGCGCCACCAGCGACCCUCUUGUGCCAGCGCCCAGGCCGUCGACCGUCUCUAUCUGGCGGCCAUGGCCAAGGUCGAGCAAGGUACGGACGCGGUUGAGGAAAGUACGGACGCGGUCGAACAAGUUACGGACGCAGAUCUUACUGCGCUUUUGUCCGCCGGUUCUGACGUUAGCCCCUUCGCCGAAUCCAAUGAACCCAUCUGGGUUCCUUGUGACUCCGAUGAUGAUACCACCAGCGAGUGUGGACGCUGGGUGUACCCAAACGACGACAAUGGCUCGGGAAGCGAUGACGCCGAUGAUGACGACGAGGGAUCUGACUAUCAGGACUCUGAAGACGAUGAAGUGGAUACCGAACUCUGA